AUGAGUCUUCUGGUGCUAUCAAAGGCAUCGACGAUAUCACCGCUCAAUCCCAUCGAUAUUAUGGACGUGAAUGGCGGCCAUCAAGUGGUGGUCGAUCACUGCACCCACGGCUCGUUGACCUCGUGGUUCGGGUGGACAAUACAGUUCUUGUUGGCCACCAUUGCGUUCGCGUGUCUUAUCGUGAAGAGGUUUUGCGAACCGCAACGAUAUCGUCGGCCAUGGCUUAUAUGGUUCUUCGACACAUCCAAACAGGGCUUCGGGGCUAUUGUUGUCCACUUUUCCAACAUUAUUGUGGCCGAACUCGUCGAAGGCCGCGAUCCGUGUACUCUAUAUAUCAUCAGUUUCCUACUGGACUCGUCCAUUGGACUCCUAUUACUGUGGCUAUUGAUACGACUGACCGAAUACCUGGCCGUUCGGUACCGAUACGGGCCGCUAGUGUUCGGCGAGUACGGCAAACCCGAACCACUGGCC